UCAAAAGGGGCACACGUUACGCUUAUCAAAAUGUGGUUUAAAACAGCUCUUAUAUUAUUGUUUUGCAAUAUUGUUUGCAUUACCUUCGCAGCUAAAGUGACCUGGCUACCAAACAGGAGUAUGAACCUCCCUGGAAGUUACAACGACAAAAAACUUCCAUGCUCCAAACAGACUGUAGUUUUCCCUGAAUCGAUUCAGGAGAGUGUUAAAAUUUAUGCCGGAUUCGCUGCCAGUGAAAUCAUACUACCGAGUGAUGGGGAAAUUAUCUUCGAAGAUGGGGAAAUAAUAUUGGGGGCGGACCCUGAAGACACAAACUGUGAUAUUGGUAAAAAAUAUGCUUACUACGAAGAGGAUUCCAAAGGAUCCUGGAAUCAACCAGAAGCUUGGAGUUCAUCUAAGUUCAACAAAGCUACGCCUGAUGGUGAAAGAAUACCAUGCGUAGAUGAUGUUGUUGUAUUUCCUCCUACUUCCCAAUUUACUAUACAGUUGCCAAAUGUCAGUCAAUUCGUUAAAGAAGUAAAUAUAGACGGCGUAAAGGUCACAACGUCCGAUCUCCGUGAUCGUAUUAUAGGACAGAGUGAUGAAAAUCAGCAGUUUCUCUUCGGAAGUACAGGUGAUGUUUCAGUUUUUGUGGACGCGAAAACCUGCACUGCAAGUUACGGCUGUCCGUGCCAAGAAAACACUUUGGAUAUCAAUUGUGCACUGAAAUACUGCCCUGCCCCUCAAUGCUCAAGCCCCAUCAAACCUGUUGGUCACUGUUGCGAGAUAUGCGGGGGAUCGCUCAUAUUUGAUGUCUCGGAUAAUUUCGUCAUGGAGAAAUUUAAAUCGUUCGUCAGAUCUACUAUUGGCUCUGGAAUAGACAAAGUAGAUUACCACAUAGGAAUGCUGCCGUUCAAUAAUCCUCGUGAAGGCACAAGUACAACUAAAAAAAGAAUCCAAGUCAUCGUAGUUGAGAAAGGGGAGUACACAGGUGCUAGUCUGGAGAUGGUCAAUGAGAUUGGAUAUCAGCUGUCAAACGAUUGGGUGAGGGAGGAAAAAACUUUGUACCUGAGUGGAACUCCGGUUUCUGAAGCUGGGAUGGGAGGAAAGAUCGCUGUCUCUAUGUUCUUUGUUGUGGUCUUCGCGCUUGGUGCCCUCUACGUGUAUUACUAUAGGCCUUCGGAGUUCAGGAUGCCCGACUUGAGAUCAGGAUUAGCUCGUGGCUUGGUAUCCCGACUCAAUCGACGCACCGAUAGCGUUGUGUCCUUAACUAGAAGAGAUUCUAAUGUAAGUGGUAUCAGUGGGAGGGCGUUUAGAAAUCCAUUGUACAGUUCUAUGAGAGAACGUGUGCAACUGGCAGAGUCGCCAAUUGAAGAAUGAUUAUGCUCAAUAGAUUUUUAAAAUGGUUUAAUUAUUUACAUCUGUAAACCUUGUAACUUAUUUAAAUUAAAAAAAUGAUGACUGUUCUCUUGAAAUUAUCAUGGUUAUAUUAACUCUAAAAUAUAUGGUUACAACGAAA